CGCGCAACUUCGUUCGGAACCAAGCACUGCCGCUGCUAACCUGGAAGCGAGUCUGUCCCCCUGUACUGGGUGUGAACCAUGCUUCGGCAACAACAACAACAACAACAACAAGUUCAGUGACCAGAAAGAAGAAGAAGAAGAAAUUGGAACCGACGCGCUACCGUAGUGACCUGACAAUGUCGGACGACGGGGAUGACCCGCUGAAGGUGAUCACCAGCGACCCGGUGUUGCGGCGCCAGUUCUUGCGGUCGCCGCGGCGACAGGCCCGAGAGCGAGGGGCCUCCGACGACCGGCCGCCCCGCGGGGGUCCGUUCGAGAACUCCAUCAUCGACGAUGACAAAGAGGAGUACAUAGCCAUGGCGGUGUGGAUCGCGUUAGCUCUGUUCGCCGUCGCCGUCUCAGUCGUGGUGGCCCGCGGUCCCCACCUAGACGUCGGGACCCGGGUCCUCCGUCGCGGCUCCGGGUACUCGAGGGUGUCGCCGCCGGUGGCCUGGCGCCCGGGGAGCCUCCGCAGCAACGCGUCCCAACUUAGGAGUCAGAGCUCCGAAUCGGCCGAACAGAUGGAGCGAACACGAGGGAACAAGGCCGGCGCUGCGGGUCCCAGACCCGGGGCCGCUAACGCCAGCGUCGCCCCGGACGAGGCGACGAGGACCACGGGAGGCGACACAGCGAUCUCCAAAGCGACCCGGGCGGCGCAGUUGUCGUCGUCGAUGACAAGAUCGCGCGAUAGGACAACGGAAGAGGACGGCGGGAGCGCUUCGGAACAGCAGAUAAUCCUGUGGUGAAUGGGACAAGUGGGAUGCGUGGGGAGUCCCUCUCUGUGACGAACGUCUUAAUAAUAAUAAUAAUAAUAUUUGGGGUUUUACGUGCCAAAACCACUUUCUG